AUGGCACCUUUUUAUUUAUUUUUUAUAUAUUUAUUUACUGGGGCUCAUAAAUUGCAAUCCUUCGGGUUGGCUGGGACCGCUACAAAAAGAGCUAAAAGAGGUUAUAAAGCAACGACGGCAAGCAAUUGGGUGAAAGUCAAACCCCUGCGCGCAAAGAGCGCUGCGCAGAUCAAAACCCGCCGAGCACCUAACGCGGACUCCAACGGGCGGUGA